AUGCGACCAAAAUUGCAACGGGGCCACCAAGCGGAGAAGGUGGCCGCAGCAGAGGAUGAGGUUGGUAACUUGGAGAACCCGGGGGGAGCGCAAGUCCCGAGGGGGUCCGAACCUACAAUCGACAUACUAGAGCUAGACGAGUUUGGCCUUCAUGCUAACUGGGGACUAGAGGUCGAUGUUGGGAGAUCCUGGUCGGGAUAUGGACCCAGCAGAGCAGCACAGGAGGCACAAGGCAGCAGUAGCAAGCUUUCGAAAGACCUCGAGAGAACUUGUGACGGCCGGCAAGCAGCCUCGAAAGAAGCCGCAAAGCAAAGCAACAGGUCGAAAGCCAUCAAGCGUCUGGGCCGUGGUGGGGGCCUGGUGGGGGGCAAGAAGCCGGUGGCUGAGGCGGUGGCGCUUGCAGGCAAGCCGGAGGCAGCAGGGGCCACGGGGCAGAAAAGCUCAGGGGGUGCCCAAAAAAAGAAAGUAGCACCGACGGGCGCCAUUGGGAAGCCGGCAGCUGGGGAGGGGAAGCAAAAGCUCGCGAUGGGAGGCAGUGGAAAGGCGGUGGUUGGAGGCAACCGGAAAACAUUGGCGGCGCUCAGGCGCUGGGAGUCCGCGAAGAGGCCGCGGCGGUACAAGCCGGGCACCGUAGCGCUCAGAGAAAUUAGGAAGUACCAGAAGAGCACGGACAACCUUAUUCCACGAAGCACAUUCGCCCGGAUCGUGAAGCGCCUGUGCAACACGUGA